CACGUCUAGCCAUAAACUACAUUUCCCGAGAAACACCGCGCCGGGUUUCCGGUGGCGAGCCCUUGUGAUAUUGCCCGAGAAACCCCUUUCUCUUCCUUUUCCCCCAAGAUGGCUCCCAAGGCGAAGAAGGAAGGUGAGCUGCGGAGGGAGCGAGGCGGUGUUAUUGCACUUUAACCGUGCGGGAGCCGCCCGAGCCGCUCUGGGUUGUGCUCUGGGUGGACGUGGCGGCUCCCCGUGUUAGCGCGGUGCGGCUGCGGUGUUUUUAGAAGGGCCUGUCCGGGCGGGCCGGUGUGCGGGCCCUCGUGGGUCUCAGCAUCAGCCGAGCCGGGGAUCUCACACGUGGGCUCCCGGGGCGGAGAGGGCUAGUGGAAGCCACUGUGGCUACUGCAAGUCAUUGGCUACCGGCCAUGGGGGACCCUAACGGCCAUGGGGGCCCUGCUGAGCUCUCUCUGCCCCGGGAGGGGGGACCAUGGGGCCCUGUGUGUAGGCCGCAGCCGGGGGGACUAACCGGUGCACAUGAUGUUUAAAGCGAUCAAAGUAUGAGAUCUGUGAUUCCAUCUUAUCAUGACUGAUGCACUGGGGGUCCCCCCACCCCGCCUGCUGCCAGACCCCCUCUACCGAACUAGAAAAAUGGGCUAAUUCAGGGGAAAAUAAUGCUGUCUGAAAAACUGGCAAUAGUUGUAAUCACAUAAAUAUCAGUUGACUAUAAUUUCAGGGCAACAUUUUUUUUUGCCUAAAAAAUUAAUUGCCAGGUUUGACACGUUGGUAAAUAGCCCUGUACAGUCUGGUUUAAAGAAAAAAAUAAAAUUCUCCUUCAGAUUGUCAAAGGGAUAUGGUUAUAGGGUUUUCUGUUCAGCACAUAGUCAAACUAUAUAAUGUUGGAUACAUAUGCUAUUAUAGGCAAGGAAAUGUAACUGCUUGUUCUCAGUAUUUCUUGUGUACUGUAAAACUAUUCUGUAUGGCUUUAAAUUAAUUUGCUGCAAUAUAGUAUAGUAUCCUUAUUUUUUUUUAAACAUUUGCUUGCUUUUUUCUGAUUUUAAUAUUUAUCCUCACAAAUACUCUGGAUAAUUAAAUUCUAUACUUUAGAGGGAGCGUAUAUGCCUUUUACCAAGAUCUGUCCAUUCUUUUAAUUGGAUAGUAUGAUUGCCUUUAAAUAAUGUGGGUUGUAGACCAUGCACGGGAGAUUAGCUAGCAUGAAUUGGGGCUAUUCGAAUACUGAUUGUUAAUCUUAUUUCUCAGCUGUCCCUGCCAAGACUGAAGCAAAGUCUAAGGCUUUGAAGGCAAAGAAGGCUGUUUUAAAAGGAGUCCACAGUCACAAGAAAAAGAAGAUCCGCACAACACCUACCUUCAGGAGGCCUAAAACCUUGAGAUUGAGGAGGCAACCCAAGUACCCCAGAAAGAGUGCUCCCACAAGGAACAAGUAUGUCAAAAUCAACAAUUUUUACCUUAUUACUUAGAUGUAGGAUGAGCAGUAAAUCUUAUAAAGGAUAUUUUUGCCAAGGCAGGUACUGUGAUCCAAUCCAUGUGGCAUGAAAUGUUUGAUUACAGAUGAUGUUUCUUAAAGCGAUCAAAGCCUGAUUUUCUGUGAUUGCAUUAAAAUUUCACUGAUGUUCUUCACAUUUCAAUGCCAUGGACAAACUUUUUAAUAAUUGCAGAGUAUAACUAUCAAACCCUUGUUUUAAUGCUACAUUGUACUGCGUAAAACCCACAUGUCAGAUUGAUUCACUCAUGUUAAGCCACAGUUGCUUCUUGUUGGUUGGACAUUGUGAGCAUGUCAUGAUAUCUCUAUAUUCUUGAGUGAUCAUUCACAGCAGUUAAUCUAACUAAUGGGUAUGUGCCCAUGGUAGGAAUUGCUGGAGAGGCAACAGAGCCGAAGAUUCACAAAAGGCAAAAAUUUUGUUAGUGAUUAUGGGUAGCACACACUAGUACUUGGACAAUUUACUGUGUAUUAAAUAUUGCAUUGCUUUAACUUCCCAUUAAUUUAAAAUAGGUGUAGCAAACCGAAUUUUAUUUUUAUAGGGUAAUGUAUAGCUUAAUAUUGUCCCCUUGAUGUGUCACUGGAGGUUUAUCAGUUUGUCCUGAGUAUUUCUGUACCGUGUAUUACAUGCUAUAGUGAGUGCCGAUGUCUUCAAGAAACCUUUCAUUCCACUCUUCUGACCUUUUUUGGCUGGAAUAGAGUAUUAUUUUUAAUUGAACGCUGAUGUGAGCUGUAUUUUUUGGGGGGGGGGCAGGAGGGGGGGUGGAGAGUUCUUAAUCACACCGUAGUUUUGCACGUGUGAUGUAUUGCUUUAACCCUUUAAUGACAUGUGACAUGUCAUGAUUCCAUUUUUUUCCAGAAGUUUGGUCCUUAAGGGGUUGAAGGGUUACUUCAAGCACCAUGAUUAAUAGUGAUUUGAAGCGGCCAUGGUGCCUAGAGUCUUUAUGUGUAGCUUUGAAACAAUGCACAUAGUUUCAACCCUUUGCUGCCGGAGGUGUAACAGGUUGUUGUAUACCUGCCUACAGAGCAGACUUAGCUCCUGGGAGGACCAGGUAAGAGGGCAGACUCCUACCAUCAUAAACAUUGCAGUAGGCUGUAAUGGUUGCUUGUUGGAGUAACGCUUUAGUCGGAAUGCUCAAGCAGUGGGUUUCCUAGAUGAGUUUGGGGAUAUGAAAGUUAGGAUAAGCACAAUGGAAUUAAAUCUUGGUGUUCUAAGAGGCCUUGUAGAAUGUGAUGUAAUUACUAUAUUUUCUCUUUUAUAAUAUGUAGUGUGUAACACUUGCAUUGAUAAAGAUUUUAUUCCAUUAAAUCAUUAAUGAACUGUUUAAUUCAAAAUAACUUAUGUCAUGGAGAUCUUCGUGUUGCUUAUCUUGGUUUUUAAUAAAUCCAUUAAAGAUUAAAGGGACACUAUAGUCACUAGAACUACAGCUUUUUGUAUUUGUUCUGGUGAGUAGAAUCCUUCCAUUCAGGCUUUUUGCAAAAAAGUAUUUUCUGAGAAAAUGCAGUGUUUACAUUACAGCCUAGGGAUACCUCCACUGGACACUCCUUAGGUGGCUACAAGAGGUGUUCCCGAAUCACUUCUGAUGUCAGCCAAACAGGCAGACCAGGAGCAGAACCAGCAGCAGCAGAAUGGAAUAAAACUAAGAUUUUAGUACAUUUAGGAGGGCUACAUUGGGGAUUUUAACACUAUAGGGUCAGUAAUACAUGUUUGUGUUCUUGAUCCUAUAGUGUUCCUUUAACACCAGGUUGACUGCUAUAGUAUUCAUUCUCAUGAUCUAGUGUCUCAGUCAAAUGAAUCUUGAUAGUAGCAGACUUUCUUCCACUUAGACUUUUAAAGGUUUGCAGUGGAUGGAUGUCUAACACACUCGUCUCUGCUAUGCUAGGUAGUGUUGGCUGUCUGCUCAGAUGCACAUGUAUCAUAGGAAUUAGUUGAUUUCCAGGCCUUCACAUCAGUCCCUUAUCUUAAUUGAAACUUAUCCUUGAUUUGAUGUAUUUUAGCUGUAUUAUUUAAGUUCUAAGUCAUACUCUCUUGGAAGUGGAAAGGUGUAACAUUGUCUUGUGUUUUAUUUUUAGGCUUGACCAUUAUGCCAUCAUUAAGUUCCCCCUGACAACUGAGUCAGCCAUGAAGAAGAUUGAGGACAACAAUACUUUGGUUUUCAUUGUUGAUGUUAAAGCCAACAAACACCAGAUCAAACAGGCAGUGAAGAAACUUUACGACAUUGAUGUUGCUAAAGUGAACACUCUUAUAAGGUAAGAUAGUUUAGGUCUACAUGGGUACAAAAUAUGAUGCACAAAAAGUAUCUCUGACUAAUUGCCCCAUGCGUGUGAUGGAAAUUUUAAUUUUGGCUGAACAGUGAUGUUUUCAAAGGAACCACUGAUGCAUGACAGGCAAUGAGUGCAAGCUUUUGGGAAGGUUUCUACAGUUCACAUCUGACUUUUUAUUUAAUUUUUUUUAUUAUUCUCUCCCUCCCCCCAGGCCUGAUGGUGAGAAGAAAGCCUAUGUACGUCUUGCUCCCGAUUACGAUGCACUGGAUGUUGCCAACAAGGUGAGCUACAUGAGCAACCUUGGUGAAAUUGAAUUCUAUUAAGACUAAUGGUGGUUUUAAGUAAAAUGCAGUUCCAUUUCUUGCAGAGAAGUAGAUUUGUACGUUCGACUAUACAUUGGAACAGUUGUAGUUUACCUUUUAAGGGUUUUUUUUUCUCUCGUGACUAUUGGAAACACUAAAAUGUGUUGCAAAGACCUUCUAGAAUGUGUGAAAAUGAUGUAAAUUUGUUUGUCUGAUUACAUUGAUGUAUUCAAAGGAACCACUGAUUCACACAAAAAACAAUAAAAGUGUAGUUAACAUGUGAUGUAAAUAUCUCAUUGUCUAGACUAGAGCUUGAUUAUUGUAUUUUAUAAUAAAUUCCCCAUGUAAUUUAAUGUCUUCUUCUGUUUCCAGAUUGGCAUCAUCUAAACUUGCAGCGGCGAGUAACAUCUGUACAGAAUCUCGUAAAAAAUAAAUGACCAAAAAAGUUUUUUGCUUGUCUUGUUUUUAUAUAGUGUGUUCAAAUUGUAUAGGAAAAUAAGCAAUGAAAUAAAAAAAGGUGCAUGGAAAGUCUUCCCUGUCCUUAUAGCAGGCC